AUGAACGUGAGCUUCCGCUGCCUCUUCCAUCGUUUAUUGAAACGGAGCUGAAAUUUCUAAAGAGUUGCUAAAACUUGUUUUUCCUCUCAGUUUGCCGUUUGUAGUAGUUAUUUGGACGUAAAUAAAAUAUUGUGAAUGGAGUAUUUAUCUUAAGCACAUAAACGAUGUCUGCCAUGUUCGAGGGGAAUGUCUUAUCAAGCGUGCAGACGUCUCACUGCCACACUCUAAACAAUUACAGGAUGGGGCUGCUGUCUGUGGUCUUUGUGUCUCUGUUUUUCAGCAGCACCUUUGCUGUGGACCGGGGAAACUUUAAAACCUGCGAUCAGAGUGCCUUCUGCAAACGUCAACGGGCGCUCAAACCGGGCCAGUCUCCAUACCGAGCUCUUCUGGACACUUUGGAGCUCAGCAAAUCUAGACUGACCCUCCAGCUCAUCAAUGACAACAAUAAGGUGCAUUUGCUGCUGGAGUUGUACAGGCUGCAGGGGAAUGUGACACGGGUGAAGAUAAAUGAACUGAGGCCUCUGAAGCCUCGCUUUGAGGUGCCAGAUGUGCUCAUAGCAGAGCCACCUACUGAGCCUCUCUCAGUGUUUUCUCAGGAUGAUAAUGGUGUCGUGUUGUCUCUGGGAUCAGAGAGUCAGAGGUUGAUUGUUAGUGCCCGUCCAUUUAGGCUGGACAUUAUGGAGGGUCCAGAGUUGCUACUGUCACUCAACUCUCGUGGCCUUUUGGCCUUUGAGCACCUGAAGCUUCGCAAGGACACGCAAGCUCAGCCAGAUGGUGCAGAAGUAAAAGAGAGUGUAGAUGGAGCUCAGUUGCAGGAUGAAGGGGACAAGGUGGAGGAUGGAGAGAGUGAUAAAGAGGAGGAUGGUCUAUGGGAAGAAACAUUUAAAUCUCAUACAGAUACCAAACCAAAUGGCCCCACAUCAAUAAGUUUAGACUUCUCCUUGCCUGGUGUAGAACAUGUAUAUGGCAUUCCAGAGCAUGCAGACAACCUAAAACUCAAAACUACAGAUGGUGGAGACCCAUAUAGGCUGUAUAACCUAGAUGUGUUUCAAUAUGAACUCUAUAACCCAAUGGCCUUAUAUGGAUCAGUACCUGUCAUGCUGGCUCAUAACACACAAAGAACCAUGGGCAUUUUCUGGCUUAAUGCAGCUGAGACCUGGGUAGACAUUAGCUCUAACACGGCAGGAAAGACUGUUUUUGGUAAGAUGCUUGACUUUGUUCAAGGCUCCAGUGAGACACCACAGACAGACGUCCGCUGGAUCUCUGAGAGCGGCAUCAUCGAUGUCUUCAUCAUGCUUGGGCCCACACCCUCAGAUGUCUUCUCACAGUAUGCCUCUCUCACAGGCACUCAGUCCUUCCCCCCACUCGCUAGUCUGGCCUAUCACCAGUGCCGCUGGAAUUAUAAUGACCAAGAGGAUGUGCAGUCGGUGGAUCAGGGCUUUGACCAGCAUGACAUCCCUUACGACUUCAUAUGGCUUGACAUUGAGCAUACAGAUGGCAAGCGCUACUUCACCUGGGAUCCACACAAGUUCCCUCAGCCUAAAGAAAUGCUACAGGGUUUAAUGGCCAAGGGGCGUAAGAUUGUGGCUAUAGUAGACCCACACAUCAAAGUUGAUAGUGGCUACAAAAUCCACAACGAGAUUACUUCUAAAGACUUCUACACUAAAAGCAAGGAUGGUGGAAAUUAUGAAGGCUGGUGCUGGCCAGGAAACUCCGGUUACCCAGACUUUACAAACCCAGAGAUGCGGGCCUGGUGGGCCAGCAUGUUCGCCUAUGAUCAGUAUGAGGGCUCAAUGGAGAACCUUUAUACUUGGAAUGACAUGAAUGAGCCAUCUGUGUUCAAUGGCCCAGAGGUCACAAUGCAUAAAGAUGCACUCCAUGGAAACUGGGAGCACAGAGAUGUACACAAUAUCUAUGGACUUUACGUGCAAAUGGCCACUGCUGAGGGUCAGAUUCAGCGAUCAGGUGGAGUUGAAAGGCCAUUUGUGCUGACCAGAGCCUUCUUUGCUGGAUCUCAGAGAUACGGUGCUGCCUGGACUGGUGAUAAUGCAGCUGAAUGGGACCAUCUCAAGAUUUCUAUUCCCAUGUGUCUCAGUCUGGGGCUUGUGGGCAUUUCUUUUUGUGGAGCUGAUGUAGGUGGCUUUUUUAAGAAUCCCAGCACUGAGCUGCUGGUUCGCUGGUACCAGACGGGGGCGUAUCAGCCUUUCUUCCGUGCUCAUGCCCAUCUAGACACUCCACGCAGGGAGCCCUGGCUCUUUGGCCAAGAGAACACAGCACUCAUCCGGGAGGCAGUCCGCCAGCGUUAUACCCUGCUGCCAUACUGGUACCAGCAGUUCUACAAUGCACACAAAACUGGAAUGCCAGUCAUGAGACCUCUGUGGGUUGAUUAUCCAAAGGACACAGCUACUUUCACCAUUGAUGAUGAAUUCCUCAUUGGGAGGGAUUUGUUGGUUCACCCGGUCACUGAGGAAGGAUCUCGUGGGGUCACAGCAUACCUGCCUGGAGCUGGAGAGGUUUGGUACGAUGUCCACACCUUCCAGAAACACAACGGCGCACAGAAUCUCUACAUCCCAGUCGGUCUUAGCUCUAUCCCAGUGUUCCAGCGUGGUGGCUCUAUCAUCCCUAGGAAGGACAGAGUACGCAGGUCUUCUGCAUGCAUGGAAAAUGACCCGUACACAUUGUAUGUGGCCCUCAGUCCUCAGAAAUUUGCUGAAGGAGAGCUCUACAUUGAUGAUGGCCAUACUUUUAGCUAUGAUACAAAGAAAGAAUUUAUUCAUCAGAGCCUCACAUUUGCCAAUAAUGCUCUCACCUCCAGUAACCUGUGCCCAGACUGUAACUUCUCAACCCCAUCAUGGAUUGAAAAAGUUAUCAUUUUGGGGGCCAGCAAGCCCAGCAAGGUUCUUCUGAAGAUGGAUGGCAAAGAAAGCUCUGUGGAGUUUGACUUUGAUGCCUCUAUGUCAGUGUUAACUCUUCGUAAACCUGGGAUGAACGCGGGGGCCGACUGGACCCUGCAGCUGCAGUAGCGCACUGGAUCUCUACAGCAGCCGGGGCCAGAUGAGAUGAGAGGAGAGAGACGCCAAAAAGAGAAUCAUAUGAACAUACAAACACAUUAGGCACACAGAAUCAACAUGACAAUUCAAAAGUGAAGAAGUGAUACUAUGUUCAGGGUCAGAGAUAUUUCUCAGUGCUCAAAAGAAAUGGAUCCCAAUGGCAGGGUCAGACAGUAAAUUCUUUCCAUUUUAAAUUUAGUAAAAUCAGUCCAAUGUUUUUUUUUUAAUUCCAUGUAGUGAAAAAGUAGUGUUAAAGUCAGAUGAAUUAAAUCAUCACACAAGUCAGAAGAUUUAGAUCAGUUGCGAGUUUAAUGUAGUUAACACAGUGCACAACGAAAAUCCAAUUAUUACUGGUGUGAAUUGGUCUUUGACAUGCUUCCUUUUCAAAAACAUGUAAGCUCCAGUAAAUGGUUUACCUGUGAUCACCUGUGCACGUGGAGGGUUUUAGAGUUUUUAAAUGAGUUAGUCCUUCACUGGAGACUAACAAUGAGCAGGAUGUGCUCAUGGCUUGGUUUAAUUGACAUGGGACUCUUGUGAAAUAUUUUUCAGGGGGAUAAACCACUAAAUCUGUGGGAUUUUUUUUCCUUGUUGAUUAAUAUGUUUCUCAGUGCACUUGAAUAUGUCGGGUGGGUUGGGACUUUGUGAUUGUUUUGAACCAGCAACAGCCCAGUGCUUAUAAUUAUUCCAGCCUCAUAUACUGUGAUGUGGAAGAUUGUGUGAAGUUAGUUUUAUUGUCAUCCACUAUAGAACGAUAUAUAUGAUGUCCAAAAGAGUGAAGUGUUUUGUGUACAUUUCUGCUUUAUCAUCUUAUGUGACUGCUCUGUGUUGCUGAUUUUCCAUUUUAUGGUUUAAUUGCAUUUUCGAAGGUGACCCUGAAAGCGUGGGCUUUGAGACCGAGUUUAAUGUCUCUAUUGAUGAAUGGGUGUUCAAAUGAGAUGGUAAUAAAGAUUAAAUGUAAAUGCAUUCAUUUUCCCCCCAUCAUAUCUUCGGCAGUAAGGUUCACUUGAUUUGUUCACUCACCUAAUUAUUUCAUUAUAAGAAGUUUGCCCAUCACAAUCAAACUUCAAUGCUUGCUACACAAAGUAUUGUUACAUUUUCAUUUCAAGUAGUUAAUUAUUCCAUUAUUUCAGUUUGCUGGGAGAUCUAAAUGCUUGUUGAUAAAAUGCAGAAGGUUCUGGAGAAAAGUAUAAAAUGUUAUGAAUUUAAAGUGUUUUAAAUAAAAUUCAGGAACAUUUCAUUCAAAUCCACUUUAGACUGACUUCCAUUUUAAAGUUUGUUUUUCUCUUUAUUAAAAUACAAUCCAAAUCAAAUCCAAAAAACAAAACAAAAAAACAUUCAAAUUAAAAACAUCCAAAUAUGGCAUCCACUAUUACAGUAUUGAAAGAGUCAGCCUAUGGUGGAAAGCUCUGCACAAUUAAAUUUAAUUAAAUUAGAUUAAAAAUACAAUUUACUAAAGAAAUGAACAAUAAAAUGAUAUGAAAUCAAAUAAAAAUUCAAAUAGAAUGAAAAAUAAAAUAGAAUUAUAAAAUUAUAAAUAAUACAAUGAAGUGAAAGUGUACAAUAAUAAUCUGUGUAUCUUCAGUUCAUUCUUCACUUCAAAAAAACGGAUAAUGAAAAAACAGGUGUUUUCUUUUUAAUUUUUCUACUCAAGUAAAAAACAAACAUACACCAAUUGAUUCAUUUUUUUUUUUUUUUUUAUCUAGUCUUUUCUGUUUUUUGUUUCUGAUUCUCCCAACAAAAACUCCUAUUUUUAAUGUGCAUAACUCUUCUAAUCAACACUUACAAAAGUCACCAGAAGGGGGAGUAAAGAUAAGAGACCUAAUAUAGAUUUUACGUGGAGUAAGAGGAUGUGAUUAUUCAGAUGAUAAAUAAUAGUAUAGUAAAUAUGGCAUUUUGUGGAAAAACUAUUGUUAUCAUGAUGAUUUUAAGGGAUAUAGAGUAAAAGGACUUUUGAGGUGGAAGGAAAGCCCUAUUUGGACAGGAUACAUUUACCGGACAUUUGUCUGUAUGUUAUUACUGCCGAUGUCUGUAAAUUUACUGUCGAUUUGAAUGUCUACAGAAAUUAUAGAGAUGGGUGUGUCUUCUGCA